GGGAGAGCAUUCCUGUCUGCACUGAAGGGAAGCAGAUAUGCAUCACCUACUCAUUCUAGUACUCUUGGUACCAUGUAGUUUAGAGCUAGAGAGUGCUUCAAAUCGCUGUGAUGUACCACGCACCAUUCAAAUCUCCACUCCAUGCACAUCUUGUGCUGCAGCAACUUCUGUCAUCUGCCCCAGGGGCUUCCAGAAGAUCACCAAAGACAUUGGCAAUGCUAACUGCAGCUAUGUGGUAGACACUGGAGAACGGCAGUUAAACCUGCUUGGUUGCACACACACCUGUGUUAAGGUCGUUACGGAGCGUAGGUGUUGUCCGUCUUUCUGGGGACCGCUGUGUUUGCCUUGCCCUCGUUGGUCUGAUAAAGUAUGUAACUGGCAUGGGACAUGUGUAGAUGGAAAUUUGGGCAAUGGAACUUGUGUUUGUCAGGAGGGAUACACAGGUUUUGCCUGCCAGAAGUGCACAAAUGAGAAUUCUUAUGGGGAUCACUGUAGUUCAAGGUGCAGCUGUGUCAACGGAAAAUGUAACUCUGGUCCUGAUGGUAAUGGAGAAUGCUACUGUCAGCCACCAUUCUCAGGACCAAAGUGUGAUAAAGUGUCUUCAUCCUGCUCAAACUGCACUGCAUACUCUUACUGUAAAGGAGAUCCAAGGAGUGCUGUAUGUGAGUGCCUUCCAGGUUACAAGAAGGUUGGACACAUCUGUACAGGUGUCUGCUCAUCAAAUGUUUGUGACGUGAAUGCUGACUGUUCGUACAAGGGUGGAGGAUUGUUUCAGUGCAAAUGUAAAGAGGGGUAUGAAGGGGAUGGAAAACACUGCACCCCCGUGAACCCCUGUGCCAAAAACAAUGGAGGCUGCCCUGUUAACUCCACCGUAUGUGAAUACACAGGCCCAGGGAAGUCAAAAUGUGUGUGUAUGAGUGGAAUGGAGGGUUCUGACCCAUCUGCUGGCUGCACUCUGAAGUCGGUUUGCACAGCAAGCACAUGUCACAGGAAUGCAUACUGUGAGACAGGCCAAGAUGGAAUACCCAGAUGCUUUUGUGAUGCUGACAAGAUUGGUGAUGGCAGACGUUGUUAUGGCAACAUAAUUGAGAGGGUUUUGGAGCUUGACACAGAAGGCAGCCAUAAAGGAAAACUGACUGGAGCCAUCAGUCUAUUAGAGGGAGGGUGUGAGCUCUCUUUGAAUAUGCAUGGACCCUUUACAGCUUUCGUUCCACUUCUGCAGUCCCCACUGGCAGUAAGUACAAUAGAGAAAUGUGGAGCAUCAGGGAACUUUCUAUGUAAACAUCACCUUAUCCUCGGCCAACGGCUUUACAGAGAUUUGGAGAGCAAUGAUUUAUGGACAUAUGGAGGAGCAAAAAUCAGGUUCAAAAUGAACAAGCAAUUUAUCUUAAUGAGGGAUCCAGAUACAUUGUUUACCAUAAUCCAAAGUGAUAUUCCUGCAUCUAAUGGGAUUAUUCACAUUAUUGACAAGCCAAUAACAAAUGUACCUUCUCAUACCUCUGCCAAUCCAGAGUUUUCAUCCUUGACUAUCCACGACAUUUUUGCAAAAGAUGGAAGAUUCAAUAGAUUUCUGUCAUUGGUUGAUAACUGUGGAGCUCCAAUGCCCCUCAGGGGUCCAGGGCCUCUGACAGUCUUCGUUCCAACCAAUGAUGCCAUUGACAGGUUCAGAGACGGAAGUGUCAUAUAUAUGAUAAAUGAUGCCAAACACAAGCUCCAAGAAUUUCUGAGACAUCACAUGUUCUCCACAGCAGCGGUUACGAUGGAACAGUUGGCUAGCAUGCCUGCAAUUGAAACCAUGGCAAAUCAGGUUGUUACAAUCAAUGUCACUGGAGACGGAAGAGUGGCUCUGAGUGACAAAGGAAUACGGAUUGAGACAGCAGAUAUUGUGGCAUCCAAUGGUAUUAUUCACUUGAUUGAUGGUGUCCUUGUCCCACCCUCUAUUUUGCCAAUCCUGCCUCAUAGGUGUGAUGUCAAUGAGAGCAAGAUCAUUGUGGGUCCAUGUGUGAAAUGCAGCUAUCUCUAUGAGACUCACUGCCCACCUGGAAGUACAGAACUGGACAGUCAUCUCAAAAACUGUGAGGCCAGUCUUGAUCAACCCUGGAGUUCAUCUCUGGCAUUUAAGGGUUGUGCUAAAUACUGCAACGUAACACAAGUGAGAGCAGAAUGCUGUAGUGGGUUUUUUGGCCCUGACUGUAAACCUUGCCUUGGAGGUUUCCAACACCCAUGUUAUGACAAAGGCACUUGUUUUGAUGGCAUAGAUGGCAAUGGCACAUGCAAGUGUUUUCCAGCUUUCACGGGCAUAGCCUGUCACCUCUGUUCAGAUCCAAAUAAACAUGGAGAGAACUGCGAUGAAGACUGUCGCUGUGUGCAUGGUAUUUGUGACAACCGACCUGGCAGCAUGGGGGCUUGCAGGAGAGGGUCUUGUCAAGCAGGAUACUCAGGGGAUUUAUGCGACAAAACAGUCACGCCCUGCAAUUCAGAUGGGGCUUAUGAGCACUGCCAUAUCCAUGCCUACUGUACUUACAUCGACAGCCACACAACGUGUGUUUGCCAAGCAGGUUAUGAAGGCGAUGGUCAUUCCUGCAAUCCAGUAAACCUCUGCCUUAAGCCUGGUAGAGGAGGAUGUGACUCCAACGCGCAGUGUGUAUAUGCAGGCCCGGGCAAUGUAUCUUGUGUGUGCAAUGAGGGUUGGACUGGUGAUGGACAAGCUUGCGUUGAAAUUAACAACUGCCUACUGAAAAACCGUGGUGGCUGCCAUGCUAAUGCAGAGUGCAGACACAUAGGGCCAGGACAGAGCGAAUGCACCUGCAAGAAAGGUUACACAGGAGAUGGUACUGUCUGUGAUAUUGUUAAUCCCUGUUUAAAAAACAAUGGAGGUUGCCAUGCACUGGCUAAUUGUGAGUUCAAAGUUGGAGGAUCUCACAUGUGUAAAUGUCCUGAAGGAUAUAGGGGAAAUGGAACCAUAUGCUAUGGGAGCAUAAUGGCGGCACUUGAUGAAAGCUCAGAAUUCUAUAGUUUUAAUCGCAUGAUGCAGAGACACCGUGACAUCUACUUUAGUGGCAAUGUUACUGCUGUGGUGCCUUCCAGACAGGCCUUCAGAAAUUUGUCUGCUUCUGAGGAGAAUUUUUGGUUUGAUUCUUAUAGGCUGCCCUACCUUCUAAAAACUCAUUUUUUAGAUGGAAUAUACUCCUUUGAGGACUUGCAACAGCAAGUAAAUGGGACAGUCCCAUCUAAGACCAAAACACAAUGGAAGGUCAAAGCAAAAGGCCAGGAAAUUAUGAUUCAUGAUGCCACCAUUUCUAUUCCAAACAUAGAGGUGAUAGAUGGAUAUAUUCAUGUGAUCGACAAGGUGCUCAAACCUCCCAUUUCAGAUGUUCCUCCUUUGCCUCCUGAACUCAUGGAGGUCCUCAACAAGACUCCAAAAUUCAGUCUAUUCAGGCAGGCAGCACUGCUCUACAACUUGUCAGAAAACAUCCCAACAAGAGACUACACUGUCCUUAUUCCAUAUGAUACUGCAAUUGAGGAAUACCUGAAAGAAACAAAUUCUACACAGCUGGGUGAAGAUGUAUUAAAGUAUCACGUGAUCAUAAAAGACCAACUUUUUCCUGAUCACUUGUUUGAUGGCUUAUUAAAAACCACGUUAUUAGGGGAUGCCUAUCAAGUCAUGUUUCACACGAACAGUAAAAACGAGACAAUGGUGAAUGAUGUACUCCUUGAUGGAAACUUCACUGAAACUUACCAUGGAGUGGUAAUGGGCAUCCCCCGGGUUUUAGACAUCCACAAAAACCACUGUAGCAAAGAUGUGGUUUUAAGAGUCUCAGGCAGGUGUGGUCCCUGUGAUGGAGCUCCUAGAUGUUCCUACGGCACCAAACCUAUGAAGGAUAAGUUUCCUCCAAAUAUGAAGUCAAACUGCAAGUACAGGACAAGGGUUGGAAGGAAAAGGAAAACUGUGACAGGUUGCCUCAUGGAUUGUUUAAAACAGACCAAGGACCAUGCCUGCUGUCCAGGAUACUAUGGGCAUGAUUGCUUUAAAUGCCCAGGAAAGGUGGAUAACUGGUGUUCUAAUAAUGGCAAGUGCAUGGAUGGUCUUUUUGGCAAUGGAGAGUGUCUGUGCAAUGAGGGUUUUCAUGGCACAGCAUGCGAGACAUGCGAGCCUGGAAGAUAUGGGAAGGACUGCAAAUCAGAGUGCCACUGCCAGCAUGGGAAAUGUCUGGAUGGCAUUGAAGGAAACGGACAAUGUCUCUGUUAUAAGGGCUGGAAAGGAGUAAACUGCUCUGUGGAAAUUGUGGCUGAUGCUUGCGGGGGUGUGUGUGAUGAAAAUGCUAAUUGCAUCGCAGGAGAUUUAGGAGUACCACCAACCUGUUCAUGUAUUGCUGGUUACCAAGGGAAUGGCACAGUCUGCAAAGAAAUUAAUCUGUGUGAUGCUGAUAAUGGUGGUUGCUCUAAGCAUGCAAACUGCACCAAAAUCUCACCUGGGGAGAGGAGCUGUACCUGUCGUGAGGGUUACACAGGAGAUGGAGUUAUGUGUCUAGAAAUAGACCUCUGUUUAGAGGACAAUGGUGGAUGUCACAGGAAUUCUUACUGUAUAAGAACUGGACCAAACAAAGCUGCAUGUGUUUGCAAACCUGGCUUCAGUGGGAAUGGAGAGUACUGCUUUCCAGUAAAUCCAUGCAGGAAGAAUAAUGGAGGAUGCAGUCCUGAGGCUCUGUGUAGGUCAACUGAACCAGGGGAACGGAACUGCACAUGCCGCAUUGGUUACAUUGGAGAUGGGUUUGAUUGCAGAGGGACUAUAAGUCGAGAACUUCUUCGCAAACCAGAGGCUCAGUGGUUUCGAAGGUGGUCCCUUAUGUCAGGAGUCAGAGAUAUGUACAACAAAGGCCCAUUUACAGUGUUUGUCCCACAUGCUGACUAUAUUAACAACUUCACGCAGAUGGCAUCGUGGCAAAAUGCAAGUCAUGCUGAAGAUGUAAUCAGGUACCAUAUAGUUGGGUGUGAAGAGCUGUUUCUAUCAGACCUCAAAUCUAUUAAUUCGGUGGUUGCUGCAUCUGGACAUCUGCUGAACUUCAGUGUUAGGGAGGAUGUUCUGUACAUCAAUGAAAAGGCAAAAAUAAUUACCAGUGACUACCAGAGUACUAAUGGAGUCAUCCAUUUCAUAGACCAAGUCCUCAGCCCAUAUGACCUGGAGAGCAAGAGCACAAAGAAAACAUCAACUCUGAACAUUACGGCUGCAGCUGAGGCAUAUGGAUACAGCAUGGUCAGCAAACUACUGCAGGAAACCAGUCUGCUAAGUCUGCUUCAGAACCCCUUCUUCCAUCCUCUGACCAUGUUUUGGCCCACUGAUGCUGUGUUCAACUCUUUUUCCGAGGAAAGGAAAAGGUGGCUAUAUAGUGAGGACCAUCGAGACAAACUGGAGGCAUACCUCAAAGGUCAUAUCAUCCGGGACCAAAGAAUUGUGGCUUUAGGUCUUCCACAUGAAAAAUUUGUACGCACAAUUUACGGGACACCUCUCACCUUCAGCUGUGACAAAAACCUUGUUGGAAACAUUUUAAUAGAUGGAAACAAUGCCAAGAUCGUUGAAAGGCACAUGGUCUUUGACUCAGGCAUUGCCUAUGGAAUUGAUCAACUUCUUGAGCCACCUAAUAUAGGGGCUCGCUGUGAUGGUUUUGAGGAGACAGAAAUCACAGGUCGAUGUGGACUUUGUCUCUUUCCACCCCAUUGUCAAACUAACUCUAAAGACACAGGCAAGACUAAAGUGUGCACGCCACUGUUCUUCUCACCCAGACGUCACAGAUUUCACCGCCCAUUUGGAUUCAGUUAUGGACAUGGAUUUGGAUAUGAUUUCCAUGACUUUGGAUACAACAGACCUAUGUGUCAGAGAGUGUGUACAAAAAUGACAUGGCUUCCACGCUGUUGCAAAAACCAUUAUGGGAGAGACUGUCAAGUGUGUCCUGGGGGCCUUGAGGCACCUUGUGGUGAGCAUGGUAAAUGUGAUGAUGGCAAAACUGGUACAGGGGGCUGCAUCUGUAACCCUGGUUUCAAGGGUACAGCCUGUGAAUUGUGUAAGCCUCACUACUAUGGCUCUAACUGCACAGCAUGCAAUUGCACUGUACAUGGCAAGUGUGAUGACGGCUCAGAGGGUGAUGGCAGCUGUGCCUGUGAGGAAGGCUGGACAGGAAGCCAGUGCGAGUCCAAGAUUGAAGUUAAACCGGUUUGUUCUCCUGAGUGCCAUCAUAAUGCUGUGUGUCUCCCCGGCAACCAGUGUGAAUGCCAGUCUCCCUAUGAAGGAAAUGGCUACAAUUGUACUGCUCCAGACCUGUGCAGCGAGUACAAUGGAGGGUGUCACCUGAUGGCUGACUGUUUGCAGACUGAUAUUAAUGUCACUUGCUCAUGCCAGUCUGGAUACAGUGGUGACGGCUAUGACUGCUCUCCAAUAAACAAAUGCAAGGAGGAGCCUAAUGGUGGCUGUAGUGAUUUUGCCACAUGCACAUUCACUGGACCUAAUGAGAGGACAUGCGAGUGUCUCUUGGGAUAUGUGGGAAAUGGAAUCCAAUGCUUAGAGAAAGUGGUGCCACCGGUCGACCGCUGUCUCGAGGACAAUGGAGGUUGUGACCCAAGAGCCAUCUGCAAGGAUUUGCAUUUUCAUACUAAGACAGCUGGCGUUUUUCACUUGAGGUCUCCACUGGGAAAAUAUAAGAUGAAUUUCACUGUUGCUGAGGCAGCCUGCGAUGCUGAGGAUGCAACUCUUGCUACCUUUUCUCAGUUAUCUGAUGCCCAGCAGUUGGGAAUGCACUUAUGUUCUGCGGGAUGGAUGGCUGGAAUGAAAGUGGGUUAUCCAAUCAGGUUUCCCUCUGCAAAAUGUGGUGACAACCAUGUCGGUGUUGUGUUGUACAAAGAUCCUGUUGAUGUUAGCGGCACCUAUGAUGCAUACUGCUAUAGAAUGAGAGAGGUUUCUUGUGAAUGUGGGGAGGAUUAUGUUGGCAAUGGAGAAUUCUGUAAUGGACACCUGGAGAGUGUAGUUGCCACAAAUUCAAAUUUUUCAAUAUUUUACAGAACGUUACUAAAAUAUGCUGAAGCUACCGUCGAAGGACACAAUUUGUUGAAUUUUCUGUCAACCAAGACAUCCAAUAUCACAAUGUUUGUGCCUCACAAUGAUGGAUUCUCUACAAAUGAGACUUUGUCAUGGAGGGAUGUGGAGUACCACAUAUCCACUAAUAACAGCAUUCACUUUUAUGAAGACCUAAAGCAUGACACAGCCAUUCCAUCUCGAUUAGGAUAUGACCUGUCAGUAAUGAUACUCACCAUCAACAAAACUCAGACUGACGAUGCCCAAUCUCAAAAGCUUGUGAACAAGAGAGUGAUUUUAGCCUGGAACAUCCCAGCCAUCAAUGGAAUAAUCCAUGUCAUUCAGGGCCCACUGAGGGCUCCCCUGGUAACUGUAAAACCUGCACCCCUUGGGUCACACUCCAGCAGCACUACUGUGACUUCCAUCUUAAUCACAAUUCUCGUGAUUGGUAUUGUUGCUGGGUUUGCAUACUACGUCCUCAAGUAUAAGAACGAUGCAUUUCGGUUCCAGUACUUCAGGAACGAAGAUGAUGGGACUUCUACAAGGGAGGGUGGCAAUCCUGCUUUAGUAUCCAUACCUAACCCUUUGUACAGUGGCUAUAAAGCAUUUGCUGAGCCUUUUGGGGAUUCACCAGAGGCGGACUCACCUAUCAUACCUAACCUCCUAGAGUAGCAUAAAAAAUGGAAUCACUGUUAUGAAAAUGUUGCUGUUUAAGAUACUGAAGCACAGAAAGAUCUGAUAUACCAAAGGAAUAUCACUGAGCACAGUGGACACUGAAUGGGAGAGCAUCCUGAAGCUUUCGAACUUUGCACUACAAACACAAAUGUUCAUGCUGUGUUACCAUAUACAGGUGAGGUCUUGGAUGAAAAAAUGAAUUGCAUUCAGGAAUCCCAAAAUAAAACAUUAAAUGUAUGUCAACCAAUAUAAUAUCAGUACAAUCACAAAAAGAACAAGACAAGCAACAGACAUUUGUGCUGAAAUACAAAGUAGAUUCUUUUUUUGGGGGAGAAAAAAAAGUGUUUCCAACAGUCUAAUGAAAACUGAUAAUUAUAAUUGUAAGGCUGAUUCUACUGUUUUGUACCCUAACACACUGACAGUUUGAACUCAAUUUAUUAAUGACUACUUGACCAAACAUUCUAAACAGAGUUAAUUUGAAUCAUACUGAUAGUCAUCAAUAAUAAUGUGUCAUCAAAUUAACAAUUGCAUAUUCAUAAAUCAAUAAAAGAAUCAAUAAUGUUGAUGACUGGACAAAGCAACACUGUAUGUAUGUACUGAUAGUCAGCUGUGCUUCAUAGUGAAU